GAGAAAAGGAGAUUUAGUGGUAAUCUGGGUGCUCUUUCAGCUGGUUCACAGUUACCGAGGGAGGGGACCUGUUGCCCAUGACUUGCUAGGAAAUCUGGGUGUAUGAUUCUCAUCAUUCAUUUUCUGAGGCUCCUGGUGUGGGGUCUCCUGUACCCAUGAACCCCCGAGAGGAGACCCUAGACUCCACUGAGCAGAGGCUGGAGGCAGUCAUAGAGAAACUGUCCCUCCGGGUCCUGAGCUCCCCAGAACAGAAGGGACUCACUAUCCGUGGAGACUCGACCAACCCACUUCCUGCCCGUCUGCCGGCUCGAAUACGAGAGAUUGUCACCAGGAACCUUAGCCUGCCGCAAGGCCCAGGUCACCCUGAAGAAGACAUGUCUUCGCUUCUGUCCCUUCAAGAAGAAAAUCGCAUCCUACAGCAAGAGCUCUCGCGGGUGGAAGAUCUGCUGGCUCAGAGCCGCGCUGAGAGAGAUGAACUGGCCAUCAAAUACAAUGCUAUCAGUGAGAGGCUGGAGCAGACUCUGCGCCUGGAGACAGGAGAGCGAGAGAGGGAUUCGCUGGAAACGAGGAGCUUGGCGCAGCAGAAUGUGGAACUCAGACGGCGGCUGGAGGAGGAGCAAGCUGCAUAUAAACGCAAGCUACAGGCUUACCAAGAAGGGCAACAACGGCAAGCACAGCUAGUGCAGAAACUACAAGCCAAGGUCCUGCAGUAUAAGAAGAAGUGUGGAGAGGUGGAACAGCAGCUUUUGGAAAGAUCAUCUGAGCUAGAACAAGAACGUCUAAGUAGCCGUUUAGAGCUGUCAGACACGCGGCUGCGUCAUGAGGAAGAGACCAGCAAUGACUUGGAAAACGCCUUGAUCAGACUAGAAGAAGAACAGCAGAGAAGUACCAGUCUGACCCAGGUAAAUGCCAUGCUAAGGGAGCAGCUGGACCAGGCCAAUGCAGCCAAUCAGGCCCUGAGUGAGGAUCUCCGUAAGCUGACAGCUGAUUGGACCAAAGCUCGAGAUGAGUUGGAGCAGCGAGAGAGUGAGUGGAGACGAGAGGAGGAGUCCUUUAACGCAUAUUUCAGUAACGAGCACAGCCGUCUGCUGUCUCUAUGGCGGCAAGUUGUCGGGUUCCGCAGACACUUCAAUGAAAUGAAAACUAUGACAGAAAGGGAUCUGAUGCAGCUGCAGAAGGAGUUGUCGCUGUCCAGCCGUUCCAUGCACGCUUCCUGCAUGACCGUGAGCGGCUCCCAUCGGAUGUCAGAAAGCAGCGGGAUGGCAGUGGUAGAAAGGCAGGCGCUGCAGCUUGUACAGAUGGAGGAGCAGCUGAAGGACAAAGUACGGCAAAUGAUCCAGCUCCAGGCUACCUGUGAUGGAGAGAAAGCUGAACUUUCUGCCAGGAUUGAGGAGCUGACUAGGAGUGUUGAGCGUCUGCAGAAUGAGAGCGCACAGAAGGAGCAGAAUAGCCAGAGAUUGCAGGAGCAGGAGAAAAACCGAGCAGAAGAGCAGGUGGUCCUCCUGGGAGAGGAACUCGAGACUCUGAAGUCUGAAAAAGAAGUCCUUCAGGAAACUCUGCGAGAACUCACACAGGUAGUUCUGAGUGAAGCGGACAGUGGCUUUCAGCUUUCCACCAGUGACAGGACGUCUGAUUUCAUAGACAUCGAGGGUCCAGGUCUCAGCCUGCGCGGUCUGUCUAGCAGCCUGCGCACCUCCUCACCACUAAGGCGUUCCUCCCCACACCGCAGCUCUUCCCCAAGACGCAGCAUGUCCCCAGCGUUCAGAGACUCUGCUCUGUCCACCGUUCAGUCAGCCUUGCAAAGACGACAGUUGCAAGUACAGGAGCUGAAAGGGCGACUCGAGGCAGGGCAGGAAGCUCUGGGGUCCCUGCGAAAACAGCUCAGUGACAGCGAGAAUGAGCGAAGGAACCUGGAACAGAAAAUACUUCAACUCCAGCAAGACCUGGAAAGUUCUCACCUCGCCAAAGAGGACACAGAGCGCAAUAUAGCCAGACUGCGCAGCAACGCCGGGCAGCUCACUGGGGACCGGGAUACUUUGGAGAAGACUGUACAAAGCCUGCAGGAUCAGCUCGAAACGCAGCGACAGGAGAGUGAGAAAUUACAGCUCGCCAACAGCGACCUGCAGCGUCAGCGGGAAAUACUGCAGGAGGAGAAGGAGGACAUCUGCCAGGACCGCGAGCGAGCUCUGCGCGAGGUGGAGAGAGGUCACAAAGCUCAGGAACAGCUGGAGGUGAAGCUUUCAGCCAUGAGGAAGGAUCUGGUGCUCGUGAAGGAAUCUCUGCACCAGUCCAGCUUGGAGAAAGAGGUGUGUGAGGCUGAGAAAGUGGACAUCUCUCAGGCUUUGUCUAAGGCGGAGACGGGCCGUGCUGAGCUGGAGUUGGCACUGAAUAGGCAGAGGACAGAGGAAGCGUCACUGCGGGAUGCUCUGUCCAAAAUGAGCGCCCUUAAUGAGAGCCUGGCACAGGACAAGACUGAACUCAACCGUAUAAUAGCCCAGCUAGAGGAUGAGCGAGCCUCACUGCAGGGACAGAAGCAUGAAGUAGAGCAGGAGAAGGCCUCAAUCCGGGAUGAGCUGGUCCGUCUGGAACAGGAGAAGUUGGAGCUGGAUACUGAGCGUUUCGGCUUGGAUAACUCCUUGCAGGCUAUGGAGCAGAGCCGGGAAAAGCUCCUUCAUGAGCUUCAGUCUCUACGGAGAGAACGGGCGCAGCUACAGGAACAGCUGGGACAGAUCUCACGGCAGAGGAAUGCAUUGAGUGAGGAGCUGGUCCAGAGCCGGAGAGAGGUUGAACUACAGAGUGAGAGUCUACUCCGAGCCUCCAAGGAGAAGGAAGGGCUGAUGAAGGAUAAGGGCAGCCUAGUGGUUCAACUGACUGCAUCAGAGCGAGAGAACAGGGCCCAGGCAGAGGAAAUGGCUGCUCUCAGGUCUGAGAAGGAAUCAUUGGAGACGGUCCUGUUUGAUGCUCAGCAGCAGAUCUCUCACCUCACAUCCCGGAAGGAGCAGGUGGAAGCGGAGAACCAAAGUCUGCGUCUGACCAAGGAGGCUCUGCAAGCGGAGGCCGUUGCUCUGAGUAAACAGCUGGAGGCUGAACUGAGCAGGCUGGAGCGGGAUAAGGAGUCUCUAGGUCAGCAGCUGAGCCAGGCGGAGAAAGAUUCACAGGUCACAUUAAGAAACGAGAAGAAAGCCCAUGAAGAUGAUGUGGAACGGCUAUCCCGAGAGAAGGAGGCGAUACGACUGGAGCUAGAGUCUGAGAAGGAGGAUCUGGUUCAUCGCCUGACGCAAGAGCGAGAGGAGCUGCUGGCGCGACAUGAGAUGGAACGCGAGGAAAUGGCUGAAGAAAUCGCUGCCUUACAGCAGGAGCGAGAUGACAUUCUCCUGCAGGCAGAGAGCGAGAAGCAGCAGGUGCUUUCACUGAAGGAGUCGGAAAAGGCCUCUUUAAGUGAGAAGUUAAACAAUGCCCAACACAGCCUGACAAGCCUCACCCUGGAAAUCGAACGGCAGAAACGAGAAAGCCAAAUGAGACAUGAACAAGAACGGAGCACAAUCGGUUCCCUAAACUCAGAACUAAAGAAUCUGCAAGUGCAGUGUGAAGAGUCCUUGUCAUCACACGAGAGAGAGUUAAAGAAUCUUCAUGAGCAGAUUAGGGACUUGGGAAAGCAAAGAGAGUCGGCCCUGCGAGAGGUGGAGGAAUUGAAGACCCAGUUGUGUGUUGUUGAAGAUGCCAGGGAUGCUGUGCGUCGGGAACUAAUUGAGGCCCACAGACGAAUCCGAGAGAGUCAGGAGGUCAUUGAGUUUCAUAAGAAAGAAAACUCAGAUCUGCGACGCUCCCUUGGAGAUGAGGCCAGGGAGAAGGAGGCUGUACAAAACUCCAACGAGGAACUGCGUGGUGCUGUGCGCAGGGCAGAGAGUGAACGCAUUAGUUUGAAACGUGCCAAUGAGGAAAAGGAACAGAGACUCAGUGUGUUGGAGGAGGCUCGAUCUGCUACAGAGAAGGAAGCUGCAGAUCUGCGUGGGACACUAAGGGAAGUGGAACGAUCGCGCUUGGAGGCAAGAAGAGAACUGCAGGAUCUACGCAGACAACUGAAGGUUCUGGAUGAUGAGAGUGUAAAGCGUGGGCGCGAUAUGGCGGAGGCGCAGGUGCGUCUGUCUAUGUGGGAGCAGCGAGACGAGGAGAGCCGCAAAGACUUUUUCGGCCUCAAACAGAAGCUGUCGGAAACUGAGGCGGGCCGAGAGACUGCCAGGAAAGAGCUCAGUGGACUGCAACGCAAAUUGUCUGAGGUGGAGAGCGACUUUGGGCUACGUGAGAAGGAGCUUCAGGGGAGCCUUGAAGAGGCGCGUGGGAAUGAGAAGAAGCUGCUGGACAACACCCGCAACUUGGAGAUCAAACUGAUGGCAUCACAGGAAGAGAAGGCGGAGCUUAGCCUGCGUCUCAGCGCCAGCGAGGGACGUGUACAUGGACUAGAAGCGGAGCUGGCAAAGCUGGAAGGUCUGAAACGAGAGGUGGAAUUCAGACUGGGCAGUUUACAUUCUGCCCUCCGUAGAACACUGGGAAUUGGGCGAACAGGGCGGACUCCAAGUCCCUCCACUAGAGGGCGCAGUGUAUCCCCCAGGAGGAAUUUCUCACCGCAGAAAGGAUUUGACAAUACUUACACAACCACUACAGAUGGGCGUGGGAGCCCCAUCCCCCGCACAGGGAGCCCAGAGCGCAGCAGAACUCCAGAGCGGGCAGUGUCACCUAGCCGAGGGGAACAGUUACUUGCCGAGAUUGAUCCAGAGGUGGUCAGAAAUGCCCUGCGAGACUUCUUGCAGGAGCUAAGGGACACCCAGCGAGAAAGGGAUGAGGUGCGCACGAAGCUGGGAGCUACAAACCGCCAACUGCUCGAGGUGGAGGAUGAGCGAAAUGGAGUAAACACUCGCAUACAGCAGCUGCAAAAAGUGCUGUCUGAGUGUGAAGAGGAGAAGCGCCAAGUGGACAGGAAGCUGAGCAAUGUACAAGGUACGCUCAAUCUGCAGGAGGAGACGCUACGGCGCUACGAGAGAGAGCGCAAGAUGGCAGUGGAGAAGGCAGCUAGUGUGGAACGCAGCCUUCAAGCAUCGGAGAACGAGUAUCGGUCAGCUCAGGACAAACUAAACAAGAUAAAAGCGAAUGAGGCCAAAUACGAAAAUGAAAAACGCCGUUUGAAGGAGGCACUGGAUGCAUCUGAGAAUCGCAAUACCAAGCUGGAACUAUCUAAACGAGGUCUGGAGGGGGAACUGCAGAGGCUCAAACUGGUGCUGUCAGACAGGGAGUCUGAGAUGCACGAAAUGCAUCAACGCAUGGAGGGGCUGCAGCGACAGCUCUCAGACAGCGAGGCCAAGGUCAAUACUCUGCAGCUGUGCGUCGAUCGACUGAACACAACUCUCAUAAAGGCUCAGGAGAACGAAGCUUCCCUCAAAGACAAGGUGCAGAGUUUAUCCAGUGCAUUGUCCGAUAGUAAUUCCAGCUCAGCUUGCUCACACGAAAAAAUGAGUCAACUGCAAAAGCUGAUAACAAGCAGUGAACACGAACGGCGCAUCCUACAGGAGCGUCUGGAAGCAGCCAGACUUGCUGUAGCUGAGGGUAAGAAGCAGAGCUCAGGGCUGAUGGAAAGGAUUCAGGAACUUCGAGACGAGCUGUCAGAAGGAGAGCUCCAACGUGUCGAGCUGGAAGGACAAGUCCGUCAAUUACAGGAGAUAAUCCGUCAGCGGCAGGAGAAUGAAGGCGCCUCCCUGCGAAGCCUACAGAAGCUGCAGGAGGAGAGAGAAGUCCUACAGGAGCGUCUGGGAGGUCUGCAGCGGGCUGUGGCCCAGCUCGAGGGAGAGAAGCGAGAGAUGGAGCGAUCUUCUCUCCGCCUUGAGAAAGAUAAAAACGCUCUGAAGAAAACACUAGAUAAGGUUGAACGCGAGAAGCUGAAAACUGAGGAGGACACGAUGCGCCUGUCUGCUGAGAGAGGACGUCUGGAUCGGUCUCUGACCACAGUGGAACAGGAACUGGCCGAUGCACACAGACAGGUCCAGCUGCUGGAAGCUCAAAUGGCUGACAUGGAGCAGACGCACUCACAGAGCCUGAUGGAGACGGCGGCACGCCACCGGCAGGAGUUGCAGAUGGAGAUCGAAAGACUGCGCAAUGCCCAGAUUCAGGCAGAACGCACAUUGGACGCACGAGAGAGAGCUCACCGGCAGCGAAUCAAAGGGCUGGAAGAGCAGAUUUCUACCCUGAAGGACCAAUUGCAGCAGGAGCUCCGGCGCGGGCAGAACCUUUAUUCCCAGCAACCCCUGCUCUCAGGAAAAUAACCGUGUGCAGGCCUGGUCCUUCCUCUGUGCGUUUUUAUUUUAUAAUCAUUUAUUGGUUUAAAUCACUUGACUGCAGCCCUGAGCCAGGAGGACCAAUCCGUCCAAAUCUCAAGCUGUGUGCGUCUCCCACAUUCCAGGACCAAAUGUCUCCAGUAAUAUGGGGGCUGCUUCGUGACUUUCACACUUGCCUAGAGAUCAAAAUUGGAGCUUUGUUUGCGUUUUUUGAAUUCACAGUAUUUUUGUAUAUAUGGAAAGCACACUUUAUGUAAUUUGUACACACUGAGAUAACGUUCCAAACACUGACCAGCAUUCCAUGGGGGUCCCAGAACCCCACUGUCUGGGGGGAGGAGAUCAACCACAGCACAGUAGUGUCUAUUUUGAUAUAAGACUUUAUAGGAAGCAACGGGUUAGUCCCCCCGUUUGGUAUUAAGGAGACAUUCAUACUUCAAUUUAAAAUCACGGCAUUAAAGGGAAGACUUUGAAAAGGUGAAAUAUUAAUGUGACAGUUUCCAAACUUGCCCAUACUGGCUGCUAUUGCUCUAGGACAGCCGUUCAUUUCUACCCACUGACCUUGUCCUGGACUCUGCACACAUAUGAAAUAGCUGCCGAUCUGCCAUUUUUU